UUGUCGGUAUUGUAAGUCAUAAUGGUAAAGUGGAUUGAAGGGUCUCCCAGCACCUGCAGUAUUACAUGUGAAAACACUACGUCUGAUGCCUAACUCUGCGAAGAUGCUAUUAUGUCUGUUUUUAUGUAUGUGUGUUUUGGAUGAAUUCGAAUCCCGUGCUGUACCCUUGAGGCAGACCAUUGUCUACCCUAAAGUGGUAGAGAGCAGAGAAGAUGGCACCGGUCACACAGUGUCCAUAACUGAAGGCCUUACACUCUUCCUCGAGAAGUCGCCUCCCGUAUUUUCGGAAGAAUUUCUCACGAGGACGAUUGAUCAUGCAGGCAGAACCACCGACGAAUACGUACAAGCAACCACCAUUGAAAAAAAUCUCUUCCACGACGAUAAUGCUGUGGCUUCUAUCUUCUUGACGCAAGACACAGGCGUGAGAAUGGAAGGAGUCAUCGGUCACAGGCUACGCAUUAAACCGAUGGAAGAAGCUGAACGCAGCCUGGAAGGACAUGUGGCACAUAUUCUUAUUGAAGACCAGCCACAACAGGUCACUCCACGGACGGACUAUGCACAACGCAUGGAAGAGCUGUUUUCAUCAGAAAUCAAACCUGGAAUAAGGAUUUCAUCAAGAAAUGAAAGAACGAAGAUAGCCACUCCAGAAGUCCAUCUGCUUUUGGACAGCCACUUCACCGCAGCAAUGUCCUACAACAAGUCUAGGAUACAGAGAUAUAUUGCAGUAUUCAUGAAUGCAGUCAACAUAAGAUACAGAACCGUGCCAAAACCCAGGAUUCAAUUAGCGAUCGUCGGUCUAACCUUUGUCUGGAACACUAGAGACGAACCGUACAUCGUGGGGAGCUACAUCGACUCCGACUUAAUGUUCGACCAGGAGUCACUACUGCUCAUCGAUGAGCAUUACAGAAACCACAAGGAGUACAUUCAGGCUGACAUAUUUUUCACUAUGACUGGGCGGAACUUGGCGUUCAUCAUAUCUGAAAGCUUCGUCAGCGGCCUGGUCAUGGGGUACUCGUUCCUUGGCAGAGCUUGCACCACUUUCAAGGUUGGAGUGGCCCAAGACGACCCUGAGACAUAUGAAGCAUUGUGGGUCGUCACACACGAAAUAGCCCAUUUAUUAGGAAGCACUCAUGACGCCGAACCUGCAUAUGAGCUAAUACCUGGCAACAUGGGAGCCGAGAAGUGUCCUUCUGAGCAAGGCUACAUCAUGAGCUAUCAGAAUAACCACGACGAGAAUCGCCACCGCUUUUCACCCUGCAGCAUCGAACAACUCCACAACUUCAUCAGUCUAAACACGAGCGCGUGCUUGUACGAAAAGCACCCUCAUCCACAACCACCGCCGCCUACGAAUAAGUUUCCUGGAGAAGGGAAUUUUAGCUUGGACGAGGUCUGCUUCGCAUCCUUUGGACAUAUGAUGCCAGAUGUGGUGCAGGACAAGAGUCAACCGUUACAGGACUGCGUAAUUAGCUGUGGUGCACCAGGAGCUCCUGUGGACGAGGCAUUGAAGCUUGAAAUACCGGACGGAUUUCCUUGCGAUGCUGACAGAGUUAGGGACAAAAUGUGCGUCGCUGGCAGGUGUGUAUGGGAUCCAAGAAAAUUCGGGUUCUCGCAGGCAAUAAAGCCCAGGUUGAAUUAAUGGCGAUA